CUCACUGUUGGAAAUGGUCUUAUGGUCACGUCAGUCCACCUUUUUCCCACAAUUUCGUUAAAAUCCAAUAUAUAUAUAGUUUGAUUGUAUAACUAUCAACGUAAAGAUAUAAUGUCAAUUCUCUCUUGGAGCCAAACUCAAUACUUAAGUUUACGUGAGCCAAACUCAAUUUACGUGAAUAUGAUCUCUCAUUCUUGAAAUUUGAGGAGGUGGCGGCAAAUCAAUAGUUCCAAAAAAUAAAGAAAAAAAGUUAUACAUGCACUAUUGAUAUUUUUUUAUCCCCACGCCACACUCAUCAUUCUCAUACACUAUAAAUACUCUCAAACCCUAUGCCAAACUUUACCAUGAUCAUCAUAUUAACUACAUAUAAAUAUUAAUAUUUUCGUUUUACGUACAACACAUCAUGGUGAUGGCUAAGAACCUUACCAAGUUCUACGUAGCGUUUCUCGUUAUUCUGAUAAUGGUGGGAUCGGUGUUACUAGCCAUUGAAGGACGACCGGUCAAGGAUGGUUCGAGAUCGAUGACACAAUUGAGAGAUUCAUCUGUGUUUAAUGGAAGCGUAAUGUCUUCGUUUAAACCAGUCGAGUCUUCUGUACAAGAUUUGUCGUGGUUAGCCACAGUGAAACAGUCCGGGCCAAGCCCAGGGAUUGGGCAUCGAGCCAAGGGCUACAAUAUGUUUGGACGAGCCAAAGAUUCUGGUCCUAGUCCUGGUGUUGGACACUAAAGUAACAAACCUCGUGAAUUAAAAUUAUAGAUAAUGCAGAUGUAACAACUUUAUCAUGUUUAAUAGCCUCUAAGAUGUAAUCUUUUUUUCCAUUGUUUAUGUUUAUCUCCUUUACUUCACAAUCACACAUGUCUCUACAUAAUAAUCAGUUAAUCAAAGUCUUACUU